ACAGCCCAUUGUUACACAGCACGAGGCUGGGUAGAUAUAAAAGGAGUGAGCGAGUGAGUGAAAGUUACUUUGAGAUAAUAGGUGGUUGAAGUCACAUCAAAGAAUCUAAGCAUGGAGUUCUUGAAAGUCCUCGUGGUUUUGCUGUUAGUUUUUCACGGUUCACUUUCGAAGCCUAUUGGUUCUGGGGACGAGCUACGUGUCAUUGUCGGACAACUAGAGAGACUCGUAGCAAGCUUGCGGCAGCAGGUAGAUUAUGUGGAUAAACCCGAGUACAUGUAUUCGAUGAGCGACAUCCAAUCAUGGAGCGAGUCUACGCCUGAAUUCCCAAUCCCUGGAGCCAAGAUGUUGGGAAAGCUUCUGAAGCCAUACUUCGGCAGUUUCCCAGAUGGACCAUACACAUCGGAGAUGCCUUUAAGACCAUAUGACAUUAUGACAAAGUUGAGCGCAUGGUACAACACUGAAGUGACAUUCAGGGAACGGGGUUUCGGCGACAUUGUGGAAGAGAUCGUGAAAGCCCAUUUCCAGUGUGCAGCUACAAAACUCAACCAAAUGGUUUUCUAUGUUUUGAAGCAUAACUCACGUGAAAUAACCAAGAAUGACCAGGUCAUGAACAUUCACGUGAGGGAGAUUCUACGGAGAUGGAUGAUGGAUACAGCCACGAUGCAUAAUGUCGCCCAGGAAAUUGUUUUGACAACGCAGAGACAAACCUUCGAGGAGAUCAUUGAUCAAAUUGCGGAUUUCCAAUUCGAAGAUAUCGAGGAAUUCCUUGGGAAAUUGAGAGUGCUCUUAUGGAAGACUGAGCAGAAUAAAUGGUCCCCAGUCAUGUUUGACGAGAAACUAAAUCAAUUUUUGACAGACAAUGACUUUGUCUUUAAAUGUCCGAGCAUCAACGAUCUAUGGCGUUUCCAUAAAAAAAUUGCUAGCCGCUUUCAAGAAAGGUUUCCUGUUAACAAACUCUUAACGGAGACCGAUGCCUGGCUGAGGAAAGUCCUCCCUACAUACAUGCCUACAGACGCCACCCCCGCUAUUACUGCCAUCCUUCAAGUGUGCACGGACUACGUCAAGUCAGUCAAGUUACACUUCAGAGAAGUGGAGAAUCACGUGAGCACCGGAAAUGCAGCUGACGUCACAAACUUCAUGUCAAAAUAUCUUGUACCACAUCAACUCAAAUAUCUGCAGUCAGUCUUUGAAUUCCUUAAUACUGGGGAUACCACCAACGUCAUGAAAAUGGAAGAAAUGGGAAAUCCUCGGCAAUCCAACCGAUGCACAGGAUUCAACGGAAGAUGUGAAUGAGACAGUCACCAAGGAUAACGAGUGAUGAAAUACAAACUGUAAAAAAGGACCAUUUUGUAGUGCUUUCAGAAACUUUAUUGCCGUGAAAAAUAAAAUAUAAAAAGUUA